AAUGCUCAACAGAUUAUUGAUGUUACAAAAAAGUUACAAGCAAAAGAGAAAGAGUUAGAUUCAGCAAAGGAUAAAAUUGCUGAGUUAGAAACCAGUCUAGAUGCCUACAAAACCGAAAUAAAAGGUUUAGAAGACACAGUAAUGCAGAAAGAUAAAGAAAAUGAGAUAAUACGAGAUGAGCAGCAAGCCCUGCAGCUGGCUUAUACUGGUUUGGAGGCGAAGUUACGUAAAGUACAAGAAGAGUUCGAUGAUUUAUUGAAGCGAUGGCUGGAAUUAAAAGCACUGGAUGCAAACAUUGUCAACAAUAGUAACGAUAAGUUCCUUGAGGAACAGAAAAAAAAGCAAAAAAUUAUUUUGGAUGAGGCAGUCAAACCUGUUGUAACAUCCCCAUGCCCUGUAAUAACGCCUAUUUCAGUGUCGUGUGUUCCAACUAAAGUUCUCAGGAAGUUUGAUGCACAUGAAAAUGAUGUGAGCGCAAUCUGUUGUAGCCCUUCAGGAAAGAAGUUUGCAACUGGUGGUGCUGAUAGGAAAGUCAAUCUUUGGGAGUUUUCUAUACGUGAUGCAUCCUCUUCUAGUCAGAAAUUAGCAAGUCUAAUGGGUAGCAAUGCAGGAGUAACGUCUGUAGACUUUGAUGUUCAGGAACAUUUUGUACUUGGAGCUUCCAGUGACUUUGCAAUGAGAGUGUGGGGUGUUCAGGAUCAUAGGUUAAAGCAUGCACUGACAGGUCACAGUGGAAAAGUCCUAGCGGCUAAAUUCCUCGGAGAUGCUAAUAAAGUCGUGUCUGGCAGUCAUGAUAGAACUCUCAAGAUAUGGGACUUGAGAAG